AUGUGUUUUAGUUUGAAAGAGGUGCUAUCUCAUGAAGACAUCCGUUUUAUGCGGGAGUAUCUACGUCAACAUGGCGGUAGUCUUUUCAUGAACCUUGAGGGAUUGAUAAAUCGUCCUACAAAACAAUCAAAAAAUAAAAAAAGGCUAAAGAAAGACGGGAAACUGCCAAAGCCACCGAACCCAUGGAUACUGUUCUAUCGGAAUUAUUGCGCGAAGAUAGCGAAAAGUAAGCUUGCAAGUCACCUCGAACAACGUAAUGUGAACGGGAAACGCACAGUUGUCCGGAAUACCGAAAACGCCUCGGACGAGUGGAGCGUAUUGGAGCCACAUCAUAAGAGAUUUUAUGAACUGUUGGCGGAAAUUGCCAAGUUCGUGCACACCAGCAUGCCGUCAAGAGAAGAGAUUUCUCAAUGGCUAGAAAGUAUUGGCUACAAGCCACCCGACAGCAGAGAAUGCGACAACGGUGGUCAGCUAUAUGUGGGCAAUAGUCGUUUUGGCCUCGCUAUGGUACGCAUGCCGCUAACUACCAGCGUUGAUGGAAUGAACCCAGGCAAUAACUCAAUAAGGCUGUUGUUGCAAGGACAUCCUGAAUUUCGCACAGCUCCCACGAUUGCAAAUAUUGCCUAUCUUGCUACGAGUCCGAAUAGUCUUGCGGCAUCAACUAACCAACAUCAUGAGCAGAAUAAUAUUCUUGGUCCGUAUCCGGAGUUUCAUACUGACGAAGUUGCUGACUCAUCGACUCUCACAACUGCACCGCCAGUCUACGAAUAUGCAAAUCCCUUUCCGGCGUCAACUGGACAACAACAUUACGAGGGAGGCAGAAAUUUUGUGGAGGGUCUGGACCUUCCUACCGGCGAAAAUGCUGCCCCUCCUAAUCUCGCAACUGCAACCGCUGAACAAGAUAGUUUUGAUGGUUACGUGAAAGGUUUGGAGCUUGAUCAUUCCGAAUUUUCUGAACCUCUCGCUGAUCUUUUUUAG